AUGAAGGCCACCACCAUCCCCCUUAUGCUCUCUGCUGUCGCCCUCGCCGCCAUGGCAGCCGCGUUGCCUGUCACCGUCAAGAGAGACGCCCCAUUGGUCAACAUCCCCAUUCACGUCGAGGCUGAGGUCAAUGCCUCACAUGCUGCGGAUCACUGGAACUGGGACCAGGGCACUAUUGAUCAUACUUACGCGCCAGAGGCCACAGGCAACAUUGUUACCAAUGCCAAAAGGAGCGCCCCAUGA